CUGGUUUUGGGUUUUUGUUUUUACCUGAUUCUUUACAUGUUUAGUGAAAAUAAUAUAAUUUAGUAUUAUACUUCUUCUCAUAGCGAAAGUUUCAAAAUAUUUUUCUGCGUUAAACGAUAUGACUCGACACGCGCGUAAUUGCACAGCUGGAGCUGUAUAUACCUACAAUGAAAAGAGGCGCGAUGCUGCCGAAUCAGGCUAUGGCACCAAAGCACAACGUCUGGGAAAAGAUUCGGUGAAAUCCUUCGACUGCUGUUCUUUAACCUUACAACCAUGCCGCAAUCCGGUAGUAACUAAAGAGGGUUACCUUUUCGAUAAGGAAGCUAUAUUGCAAUAUGUAAUCACAAAAAAGAAUGAGUAUAGCCGCAAACUGAAGGAAUUUGAACGUCUGCGUCGUCUCGAGGAGACAGAAAACGCACAGGAACUAAACCUUAAACAACAAAAAUGCAUUGAGAAGUUUGUAAAUGCUGGUAAACCGGUCAACGAGAGCGCAUCUAGCUCAAAGGCUGCUGCUGUAGUGGCUGUUAAUCCUAGUACGUCUGCGGCCGCUAUUGCCGCCGCUGGAGGCUCUAUCUCCAACAUGACUAAUGGCAAUGAAACGAAAUUGCCCAGUUUUUGGGUGCCUUCUGAAUGUCCGAAUGCUGGCGCAGCCAAAGCUAAAAAACCUGAUUCCACUAUUUAUUGCCCAGUCUCCGGAAGGCCGCUAAAAGUGAAAGAUUUGAUUGAUGUAAAGUUUACGCUACUCAAAGAUGGCGACAACAGUCGUUCUCUAAUAGCAAAAGAGGCGCGUUAUAUGUGUCCCGUAACGCACGAUGUGCUCAGCAAUGCAGUGCCUUGUGCAGUGCUACGGCCAACCGGCGAUGUGGUCACCAUGGAGUGUGUGGAGAAAUUAAUAAGGAAAGAUAUGAUACAUCCAUUGACAAAUCAGAAACUGUCUGAGAAGGAUAUUAUACCUCUGCAAAGGGGCGGCACUGGCUAUGCUACAACAAAUGACAAUUUAGAUGCCAAAGAGAAACGCCCAAUGCUGCAGGUCUAGAGGUGUUUUAUUAUGACUAAGUGUAUAAAAGAUACAUAUAUGCACAUAAAAAUACAUUUCUAGUUUAAAUACAUACAUCUAUAUGUAUAUUAAUAAUAUAGAAAAAAAAAAUACAAUAUUAGUGUUAAGUACUGAACGGCCGAGCAUCAGUUU